AAGGCUGUCCUGCUGGACGCAGUGGACACGCGAGACGCAGAGGAUCAGAGCCCUUCCAACGACACUACGUCAACCAAAAGAACUCAAAACUGCUAGCUUUCGAUAUCUUCCAUGUAUGUAAGUACGUACGAAAUCAGAACCUGAGCACAAGCAACUUUUUCCGUCUUUGAUAAGUUAUCCCAAACUCACAAAGUGCUUCUCAGAUCGUUCGAGUUUAAUACUUUUCUUUUGUUUCUUUGGGUCUCAAUCAAAUAAUUCAAAUUCCGAGAUGACAAUUAAUUUACCAAAAUUUGCUAUUGUCCUGCUGGCACUUUUGUCAAGCCUGCAAGUGGUGUUUGGAAUUAGGUUUGUCAUUGACAGGGAAGAGUGCUUCUCUCACAAUAUCCAAUAUGAAGGGGAUACGGUUCAUCUUUCUUUUGUUGUAAUUAAGGUCGACGGUGCUUGGCAUUAUUCUCAAGAUGGUGUAGACCUCAUGGUUAAAGGACCUUCUGGUGGUCAGAUUCAUGAUUUUCGUGACAAGAUAAGUGAGAAGUUCGAGUUUGUGGCUACCAAAGGACUCCACCAUUUUUGCUUUACUAACAAAUCUCCAUAUCAUGAAACAAUAGACUUUGAUGUUCAUGUUAGCCAUUAUACAUACCAUGAUCAGCAUGCAAAAGAUGAGCAUUUGAACCCUUUGUUAGAACAUAUAUCAAAGUUGGAGGAAGCUCUUUACAACAUUCAGUUCGAACAGCAUUGGCUAGAGGCUCAAACAGAACGCCAGGCAAUAGUAAACGAUGCAAUGAGCCAGAGAGCAGUUCACAAGGCCUUUUUUGAAUCAGCAGCACUAAUUGGUGCGAGUGUUCUCCAAGUUUACCUUCUCCGCCGCCUAUUUGAGCGAAAGCUUGGGAUGUCUAGAGUUUAGAUUUGGAAGUCACGUAGGAUGUUUAUUAGUUUGAAAAUUUUGAAGCCAGAUUCUUCCUUCACACUGUUGGUUUCCCUUUUGUUAUUAAUCCAGGAAAGAAAAAAAAGAAAAAAAUUCAGCCCAACCAGGGUUGUUGAUUGGAUUAUGCAUUAAUAAUAAUAUGAGUAUGGCCCCGCUGUUUCAGAGAAUUGGUAUGUAUGAGUAAGCAUUUACCA